GUCCUUUUGUCAGAGCUUAGAAUAUGUCUCUUGAUCCUGCUCCUUCCCCUUUCCACUAGAUAUAAAACCCCUUUUGACUCAGGAAUCCAUAAUCCUAAUUAGGGUUUUUAUACAGCACAAAAGGCGAAGCCUUUUUGUAUAUCUGCUCUUCAUUCUCUCUCUCUCUCUCUCUCUCUCUCUCCUUCUGUCAGUGCGGGAGAUUCUGCAAUGAAACUGAAGCAAUUGGAAGGUCUCCUGGGCGAUCUCCAACAGUUCUCCAACCCAAAGGUGGAGCUGGAACAGUACCCAACCGGACCUCACAUUGCUUCUCGCAUGCUUUACACUGCAGAGCAUUCGUUCGGAGAUGUGAGCGACAGGGUCGUAGCUGAUUUCGGAUGUGGUUGUGGUACGUUGGGUAUUGCAGCGGCCCUCUUAGGUGCAGAGCAUGUUGUCGGGAUUGAUGUCGAUUCUCAGUCUCUUGAAAUCGCGUCGGCAAAUGCAGAGGAGCUUGAGGUGGAAUUGAACUUGGUUCAGUGUGACCUCAGCAACUUGGAUUUUAGGGGCCACAUUGUUGAUACUGUCGUAAUGAAUCCUCCUUUUGGUACCCGGAAAAAGGGGGCGGACAUGGAGUUUCUCCGAGUGGCUCUUGCAGUUGCCUCUCAAGCAGUUUAUUCCUUGCAUAAAACAUCAACAAGAGAACAUGUUAAGAGGGCAGCACUGCGGGACUUCAAUGCUGGCAGUGCUGAAGUUUUGUGUGAGCUUCGAUACGAUGUGCCUCACAUGUACAAGUUUCACAAAAAAAGGGAGGUGGACAUUGCUGUGGACCUCUGGCGCUUUGGACCACAAGGAGCUUAGGUGAAACCGGAAAAGCAGCUGCACAUUUAAUGGAAACCGCCGUACUUAGAAGCCGAGAAGUAGGAUAAUUUUUUUUUCGUGGUAGUUGGAGGACAUUUGGUUUACCAUUGAAGAGAGUUUCUGUAUUAUGUUCUGUUCAUAACAUGGGUAGAUUGUUCACUUCAGCCCAAAAAUUAAGCACCUUCUCUUGACAUUUGUAAUUAAUCAAAGUAAGAGCUUGUUUUAAA